UGUGCAGUGGAGCAGUGCGGUGGUUUGUUGCGUAAUGUCUGGGGGUCCGGGGAGCUGCUGCUCCGUCGGGUCUCCCAAAGCGGAACGUUCGCUUUCGGGUUCUGUUUUCCGGAGGACUGCAGAGCCGAACAUGGCGACUCUCGGCAGCAGUCGUGGGGAUCCUCUCGGCAACACUAACCAAUCCUCUUUUGCAUCUCCAGAGAAAGUUCGUGAGCUGCUCAGCGCAGGAGUGUCGUCGGCAGAGGUCGGGUCCAACAGUGGACAAGGGAAUUUGAAAGUUCUGGAAGUAAAAGGCAACACUCAAGUAUCCUGUGAGGCGACGAACAAAGAAGCAUUUUUCUCAAGAGUGGAAUCGUAUUCAUGUUUGAAAUGGGCAGGGAAACCCCGCACACUGUCCCCUCUGAUGUGUGCCAGAUAUGGCUGGAUCAACAUCGGCUGCGACAUGCUCAAGUGCUCCAGCUGCCAGGUUUUCCUUUGUGCAUCACUACAACCAACUUUAGACUUUGAAAAAUAUGGAACCCGCAUUGCAGAGAUUUCAAGGCAGCUUCAGACGCAGCAUGAGAAGUUUUGCCCCUGGCCUGACUUUCCAUGUCCAGAGCGGUUCUGGCUGGUUCCAGCCUGUGAACCAUCAGCACUGCUCAGUGCCUUCUUAGAGCGCUUCCAGAGCACCUGUCUCCUUGCACAGCAGCUGCCUGCCAUAAAGCCGGAGCAGCUAAAGUCCAUGUCUUUGACGGAGGAUGUCAUCAGUGUUGUGCUGCAGCUGAUCGAGGACGAACAAAAAAGAAAAGGAGGAUCUCCAUGUUCUGAAUCUUUGGCGGUCCAGGUGGCUGCGUGCAUAGUUUCUCUCUGUGGCUGGGCUGCAAGCCCAACUCUGCACACCAUGAACCUGCCCAUCAUCACCUGCUCGUACUGUAUGCGCAAGGUGGGCUUGUGGAACUUCCACCAGAUGGAGGGAACAGGAGGCGAUGGAGACACCUCACCAAACACUGUAGGCCCGCCUCCUCAAGCAACAGUUCCUGCCCUGGUAGCCCCGCAUGAGGGCCAGGGGGACCAGCCUGCUUCUGCCUCCUCCACCCCUACUACAACUCCAAGUCGCAUGAAGCUUAGGAGCCAGGACUCCACCCGCUCUGACCAGGGUGAUGGAACCUCCUCCCCCGUGUCUUUGCGGGCCCGAAGCAGAGACUCACCAAGUCCCAGUGAAGAGCUUCAAAGUCCUUUGCCCAGGGGCAAAAGGUCUGCAACUCGCGGUAAAGGACAGGGGGACAACUCCGGAUCUGAUGGCACCACCAGCCCGCACCCCCCUCCAAAACGCCUCUGCCUCUCAUCAUUUGGCGGUCCUGACGGGCUCCUGCACAGGAAUACAUUUGACCCCCUCGCUCAGCACAGAGACUGGUGUCCCUGGAUCUCUGUGGGGAAGGAGAACGUGGACCCAGGGGCGACCCCCUGUUUGGAUGGAGUCUCAGCGCUUCAUCAACAGGGCUGGAAGGCUGCUCUCGACCUCCUCAUGCCCAUGAAGAAGAACUCCAAUACAGCAGCAGGAGGCAGUCCAGGACAGGGCCCUCGUGACAAGUCUAAAAGGGUUUUUGCUAUAUUCCGUCAGUGGCAGGUAUCCUCCUCUCCAUCUCAGUAGACUGUUUCCAUCCAAACGGCACCACAACACUGAAUCGAUGAAAAGACCUGCCCUCUUUUUUUUUUGUGGCGCAGAGUCGAUUGUACCAAUGGCAGGAAUGUCAUCUCAUUUCAAUGUAUGCCAUCCCUUAAAUUGUGUUUACAGUCAAAGUGUCUCUGGAGGAAAAGAAAGUUGACUGUGUCUUUAGGCCAGCGAAUGAGUGACUUCUCUGUGAACAGUGAAAUUUGUGAAGGAUGCCUUUGCGGCUUUAACACCUUUUUUGAAUUGAAAUAGAAAUUGGGAUGUGCAGAUAUUGGGGCCUCUUUAGGCCUUGUAUCAUGUGUAUGCAUAAGAAGUCAUCAAGUAAUAGGACACAUCUCGGCAUAUGAAUUGGCCACAAACAAGGCAUUUACCAUUAUUAACCUCACAUGAAGUCUACUUCUGCUGGACGUCAUGACAUCAUGAUAGUCUGGAUUUCUGUAGAAUACAAGACGGAAAAGAUCCCUUAUCGUGAGAAAGGGCCAAAUGGCUUGACACUGGAAAGGCAAAGUUUACCUUCAAUGUAUGUUGAGUCAUUUGAGGGAGUGGUCAAUGUUUAACCUCAGAUGAGCAGAAAAAACUGUGAGGAAUCAUUUUUGUGUACUAUUGUGCUUGAAAGGUCAUGUGGAUAUGAGUUCUCUUUUGAAAAGAACAAUCCCUUUACAAGUAGUGAAAUGUUUAUUUUCUUUUACAAUACUAUACAAUACAAUACAUCUUUAUUGUCCACCAGGGUUGAUCCUGAUUACUGCAGGCAAGUAAAACCAUGUGCCAUAAACUUUCAACCUGUUUUUAAAUUAGAUUCUGUAUUCCUGUACUUCAUUUCUGCCUUUGUGUGCAUCUCUCAAUGCAGUCCUUUCUAUCUUGCAUGUGCUUUUAUCUUCAUAGAGUUUCCUAAAUGUGUUUAAUAAAUUGCCCUU